AUGGAGGCUGCUAGAAAGGCUGAUUAUGGAGGUAAAGUCAAGGAAGAGAAGAGGGUUGAAUCUGAUGCUGGUGAAGGUGAUUGCAAAGAAGAGAGAGUUCCUAAGGUUGGAAAUGGAAGGAGAGACCAUGAGAAUGACAAUAUAAAGCCAUCAUGCACGAAGCCAAAUCAAAAGGAGUUAACCAGUUGUGACAAGCAGAUGACAGUCAUGGAUGGAAUGGAAAGAUCAUCUGAAGAACUCAACUCAAAGGCAUCUUCAUCCACCCAAAAGGAAAAGGAUGAACAGCUUGAAUCAGCCAAAGCCGAAAUGGGUGAAGUGAAAGAAGAAAAUCAAAGAUUGAGAAUGUACUUGAAUCAAAUUAUGAAAGACUACCAGAACCUUCAAAUGCAAUUCCAUGACAUUGUUCAACAAGAAACCAAGAAAUCUACCAGUCCACCUAAUAAUCAUCAAGAAGCCGAAGAAACUGAACUUGUCUCCCUCACCCUUGGAAGAACUUCGACUGAUCCAAAGAAAGUUGAGAAUUACGUAAUUCCUAGCAAAGGUCAAGUUCAUGAACAAGACAAAGAAGGCUUGGCUCUUGGACUGGAUUGUCAAGUUCAUGAACAAGACAAAGAAGGCUUGGCUCUUGGACUGGAUUGCCAGUAUGAAAUGCCCAAAAUUACACUAGCCGAAUCGUCGUUGAAUGCAAGCCCUGAAAAUAGCUUAGAAGAAGUGAAGGAAGAAGCUAGGGACACUUUGCCCCCUCCGAAAAUUCUCAAGACAAUGAGAAGUGGGGAAGAUGGAGUUUCAGAACAAAGCCCUGCCAAGAAAACUAGGGUUUCUGUGAGAGUCAGAUGUGAUACCCCAACGAUGAACGAUGGUUGCCAAUGGAGGAAAUAUGGACAGAAAAUUGCAAAAGGAAACCCAUGCCCUCGAGCAUAUUAUCGUUGCACUGUUGCACUAAAUUGCCCAGUAAGAAAACAGGCUGGAAAGUGGGAUGAAAACACCAAUGCAGCAAAGAAUGACCAAAUGAAUUGGAAUCCACUUAUUAAGACAGGCAACGGAGAAAGAAAGUCUCCACGUUGUCCGAGUGCUUGA